ACGACGUACGCCUGCCGUGUGUGUUUCACUUCACAAACAGACGAAACGUAGAAUCAAGCCAAAUGACAUCGCGGAUGACAAGAAAAAUAUAUUAAUUGUAAAAAAAGCGAUUGUCAUCCUUCAAUUCCCUAUGUGUGCGUUUCUGUAAAGUGUUAAUUUAAACGUUUUAAGAAUAUUGCGAUAACCGUGUUAACGCUAGCAAAAAUGCAGAUGUUAUUAUAUAAUAAUUAAAAUAGUUGCAAACUAAAAACACCAAGUGGGUCUCUGCUAAAAUGGUUAAUUUAUUGAUGCGUCGCGUAGAUGCAAUGGCAAUAUUCAUCUGAAUGUGAUUUGUAUGAUAGCUGAAAUUUUACAACCAGCAUGACACCCACAACUAUCAAUAAACACCAGUGAGCACGGAGCCUAAGGAAAGUCGAUACCACUUGUUCUGAUUGUCGUCAUGUGAAGAAUACAAUACACGUUAAACAUGCACUUGGAAAACUUUUAACGAACGUAACUACGAAUAACAACCAGCACAAUCAAAAAGUUAUAAAAUCAUUCAGCAGCAACUCUAUUUUGGAAACUAUGUGCCAGUAUCAGGAAAAAGAGUAACUGUUCGGACGCCUCUUACUAACAGCUUAUAGACAGGAAUCAACAAGAUCACAAAAUGCAAAAGGAGAACAAUGUAAUGGCAGAAAACUGCCAAUUUGUGGGUCCAUAUCGUUUGGAGAAGACACUUGGCAAGGGUCAAACAGGCCUCGUCAAGUUGGGCGUGCACUGUGUGAUUGGAAAAAAAGUUGCCAUUAAAAUAAUCAAUCGCGAAAAACUCAGCGAAUCUGUGCUAAUGAAGGUUGAACGUGAAAUUGCCAUCAUGAAACUAAUCGAUCACCCGCACGUACUUGGCUUGAGCGACGUGUAUGAGAAUAAGAAAUAUUUAUAUCUAAUAUUGGAGCACGUAUCUGGAGGUGAACUUUUCGAUUAUCUCGUUAAAAAAGGACGACUUACCCCAAAGGAAGCACGCAAGUUUUUUAGGCAAAUAAUCUCCGCACUGGAUUUCUGCCAUUCACACUCAAUAUGCCAUCGAGACUUAAAGCCAGAGAAUCUGCUUCUAGAUGAAAAGAAUAAUAUUAAGAUCGCAGACUUCGGCAUGGCCUCACUUCAACCAGCUGGUAGCAUGCUGGAGACUUCUUGUGGAUCACCACAUUACGCCUGUCCCGAAGUAAUACGUGGUGAGAAAUAUGAUGGACGCAAGGCAGAUGUAUGGUCAUGUGGAGUCAUACUGUACGCUCUGCUAGUAGGUGCGUUACCCUUCGACGAUGACAACUUGCGACAGCUCCUAGAGAAAGUUAAGCGCGGGGUUUUUCAUAUUCCGCAUUUUGUGCCUCCCGAUUGCCAGAGUCUUUUGCGUGGUAUGAUCGAAGUUAAUCCAGAUAGGCGUUUAACGCUAGCCGAAAUAAAUCGUCAUGCGUGGGUCACAGCUGGUGGUAAAGGUGAGCUGGAGUUGGAGCUUCCCAUGAUGGAGGUAGUACAAACACAUGUCAUACCCACUGCCACUGCUGUGGAUCCUGAUGUGCUGAAUGCCAUAUGUUCCCUGGGAUGCUUCAAGGAGAAAGAUAAACUCUUGCAGGAGUUACUCAGUGCUAGUCACAAUACCGAAAAAGUCAUUUACUUUCUUCUUCUGGAGCGCAAACGUCGUCGGCCGGCACUAGAGGAUGAUGAAGAGUUUGCACAGAAAUCACGCAGCGAACUGGAAGCAGUAGAUCCACCACGUAAGCGGUUGGACAAGUGUCGUAUCAAUGGCACUAAUGCGCCUAGUUAUGGACAAAUUUCGGAGGGCUCGCCAUUGACGCCGCGACGUCAAGCAUUUAAUUUCCGAUCGUACAGCAGCACACGGAAUCAUCAACGACGCUCACCCACGACGGUAUCUACAUCGGUGCGAAGCUCUUCAUAUCACAGUCCAACCCGUUGCAAUACACCCAUAAACUCAACGCAACAGCAAGCCAAUGCAAUGUCGCGGCCAUCAUCACCAUCAGUGGCCUCACGCCAUUCAACAUACGGGGAUCGAGAGCGUUCUGGUUCGGUGCAUCAUCCGUCGGUCAGUCGGACACCCUCGCACAGCUCACAAAAAAGCAUUGAGAACGAUGUAGUGGCCAUUAGGGAGACGCGCAUGGAGCGUCGUGAUUCAGCGCGUCAAGCGCAGGAGCACAGUGGCGGUGGGCCAACUCGAGAAUAUGGAGAUUGCGUACCUAACAGUCUAGGUCGAGAAUCGGGAGGCAACUCCGCAGCGGCUUCACCUUCGGUGCAUCAUCGCGCCAGCUCAGGUCCGACAAUAGCCAUUAGUAUGUUCCACGAUACAGACUCGAAUAGUGUUGUGAAUCCUAAUGUAUCGCCUAUGCUUAAUAAUAGCAAUCCAGGCAUACCUGGCUCACCCUGCAAUACGCCUGGCGGUCAGCUUUGGAAAACACGACUUACCAACAUUAAGAACAGCUUUCUUGGCAGUCCGCGUUUUCAUCGCAGGAAAAUGCAGGUCUCUGCUGAUGAGGUUCAUUUAACGCCCGAGUCAUCGCCAGAGCUGACUAAACGCUCCUGGUUUGGCAACCUAAUAACUACUGAAAAAGAUGAGACAUUUACCAUAUUGGUCAAGGGCAAACCCAUUGCAACAGUCAAGGCGCAUUUGAUUCAUGCCUUUCUAUCGAUGGCCGAAUUAUCACAUAGUGUGGUAUCGCCCACCUCGUUCCGCGUUGAGUACAAACGUAAUGGCAAUGGACCUGUUAUGUUUCAACGUCAUGUCAAAUUCCAGGUGGACAUAAGUUCUAUAUGCAAGCAAGGUGAUAUUGCGGAUAUGCUAUUUGCUCUAACUUUUACAUUACUGUCAGGCAAUAUUCGCCGUUUUCGACGCAUCUGCGAACAUAUACAGUCCCAAGUCUGUUCAAAACGAUAUCCGGGUCCGAAUAGUCCACCUAUAGUAGCUUCAGUCACUCAGGCUGUGUCAGAGAGCUCCUCGUGUGGCUCAGUGUCGAGUGAACGCUUGUCUUAUAAACGACAGGUGAUUGAAAAUGAUUUGGAAAAUGAUUCCAUAUUCUGCUACAAAUCUGGAAAUGGACGUCGCUCAUCAGCAACAAAUAACAACAAUCCUAAUCCUGUGGAUAUACCUGACAGUCCCGUUGCAGUCCGUUCAAAUUCCGAGACAGCUGAGCAUGACCGCAAUCGAGAGCAGCAGAACGAGCGACAGGCGACAACGAUGUCUGGUAGUGCAAUAGCAUGAGAAUUAUUUCUCUGAUUUAGUUACAUUUUUCUCAAAACCUAUUUGUUUUAACCUACUACGAAAUGCAACCAAAUAUAUUUAUUAACUAAAUCCAUUUCAAUGAACAACCGAUAGACGGAAAUAAUUUAAUCAUUUUCUAUAAAUGAACUACAUUUUGUAAAAAAAAAAAAAUAAAAUAACAAGAACUAAUAGAUAUCUGUGGCACGCCGAAGAUUACAUUCCCUUCUAGACUUGAGUCCAUAUACUCAGAAAAAGCUACUUUUCAAAGAUAUUUUAACAAGAGAAACGUAUAUCGUUUCAACUGAAUGUUCCUGCCGUUCCGAUAGUUUCUGCGGCCCUAAGAUAAAUAAGCCAGAUGCGGCCGUCUCAGAUAUACAUUUGUACUGACCACAGUAAAUAUAGAUUAAAACAAAAAGAAACUACUCUAUACGGAAUAAGACAGAUAAUUCUUUAUAGACUCAGUUUCUCAUUCUGAUAAAGAAUAUAUAUAUUUUAACAUCAUCUUGAGACAAAAUUAUAAUAGCCUCUGCAAAAGUAAAAGCUUGCUUAAAUAUCAUACGCUGCUGCCCGAAAAGAAAUCACGAAUGCUAAAUACAUGAUUAUAUUUCUUAUUUAUUUAUAAUUAUUAUUUUUUAAAUUUGUUUUAAGCCAGUAAAAAUACAUGUUUUUUAUUUAUGAGGACAUUGUUGUCGCCGUACCUACGAAGCUUACAAAUACAGUUAAUUACCAGGAACGAAAAUUAUACCAAAAGCUUUUGAAUACGCCCUAGUUUAAGUCACAAUGUUAAUAUAGACAUUUUUCAUAAUAUAGUCUAGGAUUUAUAUUAACUAAGACAUUAGAUAUGCAAAUUUAAUAAUACUUAUUUAAAGAAAAUGCCUGAAAUUUUUAUAUUGUGUAAAAAAUAUGAUG